CGACUGAUUCUUCUUUUGUUGUUGUUGGUCUGCUUGACAACCAAACUGGUUUCGAUCGUGUUGUCCCCUUUUUCAUGAUCUGGUUCUUUUGUAUUGAUCUUCGUGUUCGACUCGACUCGACUAUAACGAUUGUCCUGUUCCAAUCUCGACAACUUCAUAUUCAACCUCGAUCAGACUACCAACACCAAAGCAACUGACUACAUUAAAGAACCAGCAGCCGAACGAGCUGAGAACAAGAAGAAGACUAUAUAAAACACUCCCAAUGCCCAUCAGCAGCCUGUUGACCAUCUCCUAUCACAACUAAAAACAUGUCAUCCUCACUACUACCUCACACUAUCUCAUUCCUAUCCUCAGUACUCAAACUAGACAACAACAACCACUCAAACCACUCAUCCCCAAUCUCAUCCUCAUCCGAACCACACAACAACAACAACAACAACAACUCACUACUCAUUCCUACCAUCCUAGACAUCCUUGCCCACCCAGAUGAGGACGAGAAACCAGACAGACUCAAAUCAUUCCUAUCAAACUCAACCCAUCUCAACCUACUCCCCGAACAACAACUCAACCAACUCAUCCUCUCACUCCUACACCAACACCGAGAGGAUAUCCACCACAAACCACUACUGCCCUCAACACUCACUCGCUCAUCCUCACAGAGAAUCACCAUCGGCAAGUCAAGAUUCCAACCCAGAUCCCCUCACCCUUCAUCCACACCCUCCACCCCAGACUUCUCAGCCAGAUUCUUACAACAACAACAACAACAACCCAAGUCUGCCUCAGUCUACAAUCAACCACCAGCCAUCCAUCCUCCACACUCCCUCAUCUCACUCUCCAAACCAAUCCCACCUUCAUUAAACCUCCCACCACCCGAAAAACUCAAUGCAUCCGCCCUCGAAUUCAAGCCGAUUCUCUCCAGAACGGUAUCCAUGCCAUUCGAGUCUACCGCCAUCAACCCAAACAGUUCCCCAUACAUCCCCACCCCCGACUCGGCCAGGCUCUCGGCCCAUCAACGUCCGAUCUUCAUCAAUAGUGUCCCCAGAUCGGCCACCAGUCUCAUCCAUCAUUCCCCAGCUGUCUCCCCCUCGGCUAACUCGCCCUACUUCCCACGAAACAGUCGACCGGCGACUCCAGAGAUCCCCAGAGACCCAUGGCUCAAGGAGGAUUCUUCUUCCUCCUUUCUGCAAGAUUCUUCACCCAGACUCCAAUCAAGAUUAACCCAGAUCGAGCAACAACAACAACUGGAUGACCCGGAGAAUCUCUCGCUCUUCUUGCCCUUCCAAGCGACCGCCAUCAGUCCCUUGAAGUCGCCCCUGCCCACCCUGGUCACCGAGUCUCCACGCCUGCGGAAGAACCAAGAGCCCUCGUGUCCUUCGGCCUUGCAAUGGGGUUUGAGUCCCGAGAUGGCCGAGGAAAUGGCCCAGUUCACGGUCUGGGACCAGUCCGACUCCGACGGCUCUCAGCCCCCUGCCAUCGUCCAUCAUCCCCCCGAGGAAGAUGAGGACGAUCCAUUGGGCCGGUAUUGGAUGUCGCCCUACGACGAACUCUGUGCCGCGUUGGCAGGCACCGGGGUGUCUGAAGCCUUGAUCGAUCAGGCGCUUGGCCAGACUGGCUUCGAUACUUCUAAGGCUAUUGAUUGGUUACUCGAGCGUCAUGGGAUCCCCACCCAACCCCUCGUUUCUUCUUCUUCUUCUUCCUCUAUCGGUGGAGCAGGAGGAGGAGCAGGAGAUCCUUCCUUACUCUCUACAGUCAUUGAUCCAUCCAGUCACUUCAGACCGUCUCCAUCCUCUGCCAACUCCGCAUCCUCGCGUGAUCACAGUCCCGCCGGGAAACAAACCCGCAGUCCGGCGGCGUCGAGACCCGCCAGUCCCAGAUUCAUCCCUGCUAAUAAAUCGCCCUCGCCCACGUUCCAGAAAAGGCCCUUCCCAAACACUUCUAACAUCAAAGCUUUUGUGCCUUCUUCGGCUUCUUCGGUUUCUGCUUCGGUUUCUGCGGAUGAUCCGGCUUUCGAACCUGGCCCUUCUCAUCGUGUUUGUCGGUUUUAUUUGCAAGGGUGUUGUCUUAGAUCGGAUUGUAAAUUCAGUCAUGAUGUUGGGAAAGCGAUCUGUAGAUUUUGGUUAAAAGGACAUUGUUUAAAGGGCGAAAGCAAAUGUGAUUUCCUACACGAGAUUCCAGAUUUAACGAAUGAAGAGGCCCAACGGGAAGAAGAGAUUGAGAAAGCGAAGGCGAAGCCGAUGAUCAUCCGGUCGUUUGCCGACGAAUUCCCGUCCUUGGAAGAAUCUGUAUCCAACAGCAACAAGAAGAAGUCUCAAGGUACCCCCACUACGGCUUCUAGACUCAAACCCGUCUUGCUUCUUCCCGAUCGCCCUAUCACUCCCUCGCCUAGUCUCCUCAAACUCUCCCAGACUUAUCACGAGAUGACGCUCGAGUUCGGUAGUCGUAGGAAAGAGUGCUUCGAUCGUGCUAAGGAAUGUUUCAAACGAGCCGAUGGGGCGGGCGUGAAAAAAUGGUCGAAAGAAGGAGACGAAUGGAACCGUAGAUUGACCGAAGAGCCGCGCGCCACGGCCGGCCUGAUGAUCACUGAGCGUAACCGGUUGAUGAAGGAUGCCGUCCGUGAGGGCGUCUCGGACCGCUUGGCCAAGGUCGAUGAGGGCCCUGAUCGGAUGCAUCGGGGGAAAGAAAUGGGCGGCGGAAUUUGUCUCGGGGUCGUCUCUUCUUCUCCUGCUUCUUCUUCUUCUUCUUCUUCUUCUGUUAAAGAAAGAAUGGAAGUCUUGAUGGAUCUCCACGGUUUACAUCCUGAUGACGGGGUGUACUAUCUAGAGAAAUUCAUGAUGGCUUUAAAGACGGAAGGAUUCCAAGGCUUAGCGUACAUUUUAACGAGCUCGACAUUCACUUCUUCUUCUUCCCCGUCAACCUAUGAAUCCUCUUCAUCAUCAUCAUCCGACUCCUCGGAAUCCUCGUCGACUAAUUCAGAUGGACUCUCCGAAGAGCCGACCUCCUUCGGAAUCACUUCCAAAGAAAGCUUGAGUAACCAUAAGAAUAACAAGAAUAAGCUGUUGUUGGGGCCUGCGCCGUUGAAUGUGCUCGAUAAUCUGCAGCUGUUGGAGCCUGGUCGGGCGCUUAAGGAAGACCUCCAACUCGAAAAGGCCGUCAAGACGUGGCUCGAUCGGAAACGCUUCUCGUCCGAAUCUUCGACUCCUUCUAACUCCAACUCGAAAUCUUCUACUCUCACUAACACUAACACUCUUUCUCGUCCUGGAAUCGUUUGCAUUGAUCCUGUUCGUAAACUGUAA